AUGGGUAAAGCACCAAAGAAAAGGUUCUCAACUACUGCUAAUUCUGGUAAUACAGUUGCUGCUGAUAAACAUAUGAAUUCAGUUUUUAAAUUUAAUACAAAUUUAGGUCAACAUAUCCUUAAAAAUCCAUUAGUAGCCCAAGGUAUUGUUGAUAAAGCACAAAUAAAACCAAGUGAUACAGUAUUAGAAGUUGGUCCAGGUACUGGUAAUUUAACAGUUCGUAUAUUAGAAAAAGCUAAAAAAGUAAUAGCAUCAGAAAUGGAUCCAAGAAUGGCUGCAGAAUUAACUAAAAGAGUACAUGGAACACCACAAGAAAAGAAGUUGGAAAUUAUAUUAGGAGAUUUUAUAAAAGCAGAUUUACCAUAUUUUGAUAUAUGUAUAUCAAAUACUCCUUAUCAAAUAUCAUCACCAUUAGUUUUUAAAUUAUUAAAUCAACCAAAUCCACCAAGAGUUUCAAUAUUAAUGUUUCAAAGAGAAUUUGCAAUGAGAUUAGUGGCAAGGCCAGGAGAUGAAUUAUAUUGUAGAUUAUCAGCAAAUGUUCAAAUGUGGGCUAAUGUAACUCAUAUAAUGAAAGUUGGUAAAAAUAAUUUUAGACCACCACCACAAGUUGAAUCAAGUGUAGUUAGAAUAGAAAUUAAAAAUCCAAGACCAAAUAUAGAUUUUAAUGAAUGGGAUGGUUUAUUAAGAAUAUGUUUUGUAAGAAAGAAUAAAACAAUAGCUGCUGGUUUUAAAAGUUCAAAUGUCAUAGAUAUAUUGGAAAAAAAUUAUAAAACUUGGUUAGCUACAACUGAACAAGAUAUGAUGAUUGAUGAUAAAUCAAAUUUAAAAGAUUUAAUAAAGGAAAAAAUAACUACAGUAUUGAUGGAAACUGGAUUUUCAGAUCAAAGAUCAAGUAAAAUGGAUCAAACUGAUUUUUUGAAAUUAUUAUACGCUUUCCAUCAAGUAGGGAUACAUUUUGCAUAA